UACGUUCAACAUUUGGUUGUAACAGCAGUGUUUUUGUCGAUUUAAAAGGCAUUUUACCGUGUAAGAAAACGUUAAAAACCUUCGAGAAGGAGAGAAUGAGAUACGGUCUACAAUUUGGGUUGAAUCGUUGAGGAUUUUGUGGCCGAGAAAGCGGCGAUCAAAGCUGAAAUAUGCCAGGGAUUGAUGCGAAUUUUUGUAGUCCGGUGAAAGAGAAUCUACUUUGUGGUCUGUGCGGAUUGCCUUUAAGAAAACCAGUACAGAUCUCGUCCUGUGGCCACCGAUUUUGUGAAUCCUGCCUAAACGAUCAUUUUGAACCCUUCACGAGCGAACAGGAGUUACGAUGCCCUGCUGACCAGCUCGAAGUCAAGCAUUCACAGGUCUAUCUCGAUGAAUCGUCUGGUAAAAAGAUCCAGUCUUUGACAGUCUUCUGUCGAUAUUGCAGCCAGGGCUGCAAGUGGAAAGGACCUUUGAGAAAGCUGAAGAGCCACCUGUCAACUUGUGAACACAGUGUGAUUGAAUGUUCCAACAAGUGCGGGGUGCAACUCAUGCGGAACCAACUUGAAGAACACGUUCGUAAUCUUUGCUCUAAUCGUUACGUAUCCUGUCCAAACUGUCGUCAGAAUAUUCCUCGCGAGGAACAUGAGAAACAUUCCCGAUCUUGCGGCAAAUCAGAAAACAGUUCGACCGCGAGUAAAUUACGUCAACAUAUCAAGAAUCUUGGUCGUUCGAAACAUGACUCAUUUAACCAACCCCGUAGCUUGUCCCAGGACCAGCCAAUGCGCGCCGCGUCGGAAUCCCGCGCGUUGAAUCGAAACAAGAGACACAAUCACAAUCGACGCAGGUCUCGCAACUCCUCUUUCGGUCGCGAGAUAAAUAUCCAGGAAACCUUGCAAGAAGAAGAGACCGCCCCAGACCUCCCGGAUUCCCCUCCUCCGUCCCAGACUCCGCCGCUGCGUCGGCGACCGGAGUACGGAAGUCAGGUCGUCUACAUGGGCUCCUCGAAUAACCCUCCUCCCCAGACAUCUACGGAACGCGAGCUGUUCACGUGUGUCUGCGGUGCUCUGAUGGCGAACGAGGAAAUCACGACGCACAUGUCUGAUGAGUGUCCGAAACGGCUGACGCUCUGUCAGUAUUGUAACAAACAAGUUGGCCAUUCUGAACUACAGGAGCACCUCAGAGAUUGUCCAAGGUUCCCUCUGAGUUGUCCGAAUAGCUGUGGCGUUCGUCAGAUUCCACGAGAAGAGUACACGAGGAAAGCUCUGACGAACGUAGCAAAUCGUAAACAAAACAGUGACAAAAUCGCAAAAGCGAGGACUGACUGA